AUGGCUACCGAUGGCCGGGUGCGUCACUGCUUCCCAUUGGUGUCAGAAAGGUAUCCACUGGAUCACCCGGAGAAGGUUGGCUGGCUCAUGAUGGAACUUUUUACUCUGUACCUCUCCUACUCGUCAGACUCAUUCCCCUUUGGGUGGCUGCAAAAGACAGAGGACCUCAAGGUGCAUUCUCCUAAAGGCCAUCCGCCAAUGCAAAAGAGUUACUGCCUCAGAGAAAGCUCAAGUGCAUCCAGCAACUGGGGAUUUUCUGGCUUCAUGAAGACAGCUGCCCACCAGGUUCUAGACAAAGUUCCCGUUACUAAGGCUCAAGAAUUCCAUAGUCCAGUCUUCUGUAGACUGGGCGUUGGUAUCAUAAUUGACUCCUACACCCGCAUUCAGGGGUUCCAGAUUUUCCGUCUUCGACAUACCAACCUGCAACCCUUCUGACUUGCCCGCUUUCUUUGCCACUGUUGUUCCACAGACCUAUGAGAUAGAAGAUCGUUUCGCCCUUUCCAUCUCGUCGUAGGGGAAACUGCUCAGCGGGGGUCCAAAGUGGAGGCCCAUCCGACGCGGACAUGGAUUCUGCCGUUUAUCAUUUCAGAGCCAUUGAGGCCCUUAUAUCGCCCGACCGGAUCAAUCUGCUUCUGUCGAGUGAUGUUCUGCGACAGAAAAUUUUCUCUCAGCUCUUCCUGGUCGAUUCUGCCCGUCUCGGUCGAAGAUAGGAUACACCACACCGUACACUAGUUACUUUUUGGAAUACUUCCAUUACGCGCUAACCCUAGUGAGGUAACCUAAUGCGAAAGUGGAGAUUUACGGA